GGGAGAAUAGAGCAAUGGUACACACCUGUAAGGAAAACACGGUAUAUUUCUCUGUCAACAACAGCUGGCUAACUUAGAAUUUUAUGAUGGAUAAGGUGGCUGUUGAGAGGUGACACAUUUUAGAAGGUGACUUCGUGGUUCUGCUACCAUCUUUAUUAAAAAAGGAAAAACAGUCACCUUGGAUACUCAUUGGAGAGCCCACCCUUUCUUUCAAUUGGCUGUUUUCAACCAUGACAGAGGGGUAUAACUGUUCCUCUACAGACUCUCUCCCCUCAUUGGUCGCAAACUGUCAGGCGGGCGGGCCUUGCGACCUCACGGGCCUGGCCCCGGAGAACGUCAGCGUGGAGCUGGCGGCCACGUGCGUGAGUCUGGAGGAGUAUCUGCGGCGUCACCUGGGCCCGCGGCGGUCGCCCGUCUUCCUGCCCGUGUGUGUCACCUUCCUGCUGAUUUUCCUGGUGGGCGCAGUGGGCAAUGCACUGACCUGCGCCGUCAUCGCCGGCAAGAAGGUCAUGCACACGCCCACCAACUACUACCUGUUCAGCCUGGCGGUGUCGGACCUGCUAGUGCUGCUCAUAGGGAUGCCCCUGGAGCUGUAUGAGAUGUGGAGCAACUACCCCUUCCUGCUCGGCCAGUGGGGGUGCUAUUUCAAGACGUUCCUCUUCGAGACGGUGUGUUUUGCCUCCGUCCUGAACGUGACGGCGCUCAGCGUGGAACGCUACGUGGCGGUGGUCCACCCCCUCCGCGUCAAGCACGUGGUGACGCGGGCGCACGCCAAGCGCGUGAUCGCCGCCCUAUGGGCCAUCUCCAUGCUGUGCGCUGUCCCCAACACCAGCCUGCACGGCGUCAGCUCCCUGCGUCCCGUGCUGGAACGUGACCUCCCCGAAUCGGCCAUCUGCACCCUCGUCAAGCCCACCUGGAUGUACAACCUCACCGUCCAGGUGACAACAGUCGUCUUCUUCCUGCUGCCCAUGCUGACCAUCAGCGUGCUGUACUUGCUCAUCGGGCUCCAGCUAAAGCGGGAGAAGAUGCUGAGGUCUUUGGAGGCCAAGUCCAGUCUGGGCCAGGACAAUUACUACAGUGUGCAGAGGGCACGCCACAGGCAGAUCACCAAAAUGCUCUGCGUGCUGGUGGUGGUGUUCGGGAUCUGCUGGGCCCCCUUCCACACGGACCGCCUCAUGUGGAGCUUCAUCGAGGUUUGGACCGAGUCCCGGCAGAAGAUGUUCGAAUACGUCCACAUCCUCUCCGGUGUUUUCUUCUACCUGAGCUCCGUCGUCAACCCCAUCCUCUACAACCUGAUGUCCUCGCGCUUCCGCGAGAUGUUCCGCGAGGUGGCGUGUCGCCGCCCCCGGCACCGGUACUCCCCGAGCGUGACCCGUGACACGCGGCUGACCCUGCGUAGCACCGUCUGCGAGGGCCACCCCGGACCCAGCGUGCCCAUCUCAGACGGCGAGGAUUGCAUCAAGUACGUGGACUAUCAGCACGACCAGGAGACCACCAUGGCGUAGGGGGAAGACACAAAUCUUCAGUAGCCUUUCAUUGUAAUGCCAGCAUUCAAUAUAUGAACUAAUUAAUAUCACUUAACCUUUUCAGGUGUAGAUAAUGUACUGAUUAGGCCACUUCCCCGUCAACAAUGACGUUGUUUCCUAUCUAAGGAAUAGCUUUAAUUAAUAAGCAGAGUGGCAGGACUGAAAGGUCGAUGAUAAGGAGUCUUUAAACACGGACAUUAACAUUUUUCAUCAAGUGUCGCCGCAUGACUUCAUGACGCGUCAGCAAGCGUCCGCUUCCUCUCCGACUCCCCGAAUCGCGAUCAAAUGCAUUUCUGUUCCACGCAGCUGUUCCACUCCAUUGCGUUUAAUCCGUAUAAUGUUACAAUAAAACAAUAAAAGCAAAAAUCAAUAAUUAUAUAUAUACAUCACAGAAAAGGCCAAGUUUAUGGAUGUGAUGUGAUUCUAUGUUUUGAUGGUGAAGAUGUGCAGAAGGAAUUGACCAAAGGAAAUAGGCUUUUCUGAAACGUAGAAGACAAUUCAGAUAUUUUUUUCAUUUCAGUCUACUUCUUGGGAUUAAUCCCGAUACAUCAGAGAUGGCAGCACCAUGCCAUGCAUCCAGUCCUGAAUGGUUAUGUCUUCAUACGCCAGGGGUGGGAUUUGGUCAGAGGGAAUCAGCCUCACACCCUCAUUGGUCCAUCCAGGGUUCUAGAACCACAGGUGUCAGAAUGGGUGCCUGGCAAACAGGCAAAUCACAGACCCCCUAAAGGCAGAAUGAAUAAGGGACAUGGGAAAGAUUCACACGGUAACCACAUCCUGAAUCUCGGUAUCAUAUCCUAAACUGCCCAGCAACCCGUCCAUCACGUCUCCGUGGAUGUCGCUCUGUGUUAGCAGGAGCAAAAUAAGAAAUCAGGAAAACUGACAGAGUCCCCCGGCGGUUUGCAUGACACUUAUGAUCCCCGAAGCGUUAUAUAUUUACUAAAUGACAAGCAAAAAGCUAGCAAUUUGUUUAAAAAGUCUUUGCCGUUAAGAUGAAUUAUUUGCAUCAGAGAUUUGAUAUAUACAUAUAUUUUUUUUUCUGAAACAGUGAGUAGUAGCACGUUAGUUUAUCACUGGCUGUGUAAUUAUGCUAAGCUCUUCCUCGAUUCCCUUCACAAUUUUGAUAGACACGUCCUUUUCAAAGCAGUGACAAUGUUAGCGUCUGACAUGGCUAGCUACAAAUUACGCAAAGAAACAGACAGCAGACAGCUUUGUAAAUACACAGAAAAUGAAAACAGGGGUCAGCCCGGUGAAGCAGACAGCGUGACGGGUGCCAGUGUACGUCAACACGCGUGCGUUCAGCACACGAGCAUCAUGGCCGCUGUUUCUCUUUUAAAAGGAGAUAUUUGUCAUGUAAAUGGAGCCUCCCUAACUUCAUCCCACGUCUGCUCUGCUCAGAAUGCUGAUGAAAGCAGCUCACUGCACGUUUCAGGCAUCUCGCGCUUUCAUGUGCGACUCGUGCUUUCCAGAGGAGGGAAAACCUCCUCUAUUACUCCAUUUGGCCCUUGAUUAGGUUGUGACGGGAGGGAAGAGAGGGUGUUUAAAGUAAAUAAGGCAUCCAGCAGAGAGCUUCAGCUCUCAGUGACUCGCAGCGCUGAGGUCUGUCCGCUCAGAUACCAGCCCAAAAGAGCAAUGAUGUUACUAGAUUUGAAGGAUGAAACAGGACUUUGAAACAUUCAGUAAGUGGGAUUAAUCAGGCGCUCUCGCAAGAUCAACUCACAACCCCAUUGGUUACUUUAAUGGUUCGUUAUAUCAGACUAGGCUGUGAUUGGUAGUUUGAGGUGACUCCACCCACCUUGAAUUUUGAAACCUCAUACCUGUUGCUAUUAGUGAUAAUGCCAGUGGACAGUGGACCAUUUCUGGAGAUUAGAGGGUAGAAUUUCAGCUGCUGUCUCGUGACAUCCAAAGGUGGAGUGCUUUAAAAAGGAGGUCCAUUAUCACAACGCAGUGCGUGGAGGGAAACAGAGAAGACAAUCAAAAACAAUCAUUCCUGUAAUAUUUUACCAUUUUGACAUACAACUAUGGGUCUAAGCUUAAUGUAUAAAAUAUAAUGUAAAAAAUACCUGUUUAUCAUGUAAAUUAAAAAAAUGGACAUUUCCAUUUUCUUUUCAUAUUUCAGAAAUGACAUCAUCAUGCCCUGGACGUCCACCAAUGUGAAAUGUAAAAAUGUAUUAUUCUGGUUAAUUACUGUUCUUGUCGUUGCUAUUUUUUAAACCAGUAAAGUGGUUUAUAUCUUGUUUUCCGAUCUUGUUGUAAAUGUUGAGGAUUCCUGACUGUUAAUGUCAGCAUGUGCGUAAGUCUUAAAACAUUUGCUAACAUGACCAUGAAUGUUGAAAUAUCCCACAUCUCAACUGGAAAACUUGUGUAACAGAUUAAAUAUAUACUUUUUAAUAAUGUUGCAAAAAAAAUGUCAAUAAUGACACCGCAUUGCAUUGAUUUAGGAGACGCUUCGGAAAGGAGGGCCAGACUGAGGGUCAGGGGUC